AUGAUUAUGGAUGAAAUGCAAUGCACACACCGCUUUCAGCUCUUUUUUAUAACACAUUAAAAGCUUGAACUUCAGACAUUAACUUACCUUAGUUUCGCCAUUUUCUCCUUCUUUGAGCUCAGGAGAAUGAACAGCACAAAAGAAGUGGAAAUUGUGGCUUCAAUUCCAGGGAAGGAGAGUGAAAAAGACCCAGAAGCUGGUUCCAAUUCGAUUGAUUCUCGAGCCAAAUUUAGCCUACAAGAACAAGAACAAGAACAAGAACGUAAACUUGAACAUGGUUCUUCGUUGAGUGAGAAAGUCGAGGUGGUUGUCGAACGCAACCUCAUUCUUGCAGCGUCUAUCGGUGACGACUUUCAAUUGGAAGUCACUGCCGAUCAGAUCAAUAGCCACUGCGCCACGGCCGACACCCAAACCGUGGACAUUGAAGAACCCCUUGAUGAAGAAACUAAACAGUUGAGGACAACUGCCAAAAAAAUCAGCCUAUAUCACGCUGCACUCAAGGGAGAUUGGGAGAAGGCUCAAUCCAUUCUAGGCGCGGACCCUUCAUGGGCUGUAAGCAACUACAUAACGCGAGACAACGAGACAGCUCUUCACAUUGCUGCUGGGGCCAAGCACGUCGAUUUCGUAGAGCAAUUGAUCAACAUAAUGACCCCAGACGACAUGACUAUGGUAAACACUCAUGGAAACACUGCCCUUUGCUUUGCUGCAACCUCAGGUGUUGUAAGAAUCGCUGAACUUAUGGUGCAAAAGAACAAAGAUCUUCCCCUUAUUCGUGGAUUUGGCAAUGCCACUCCCCUGUUCAUGGCUAUAUCGUAUCAACGCAAGCAAAUGGCUUCUUAUCUGUUCUCUGUUACUGAUCGAAAGCAGCUGAGCUCUCAAGACCAGAUUGAGCUUCUUAUUGCUACCAUUCAUAGUGAUUUUUAUGAUAUAAGUUUGGAGAUUCUGGAAAGGAACCCUAAGUUAGCGAUUAUGAGAGACACUAAGAAUAAUAAUGAGACGGCGUUGCAUGUCUUGGCAAGGAAACCAUCUGCCAUUAGUAGCAGAUCAGAGAUGAGUGUUUGGAAGAAGCGUAUCAACUCAUGGACAAGAGGAAUCUACGAGAAAGAAGUGAUGAAGACACUAGCUCAUCAACUAGUUAGAUCACUAUGGGGACAUGUCCUGCGAGAAUUACCCGAAAAAAAGAUGUUAAAGUUCAUCAAACAUCCCACAAUACUCUUACACGAUGCAGCAAGAGCAGGCAACGUCGAGUUUCUAAUCCUCCUCAUUCGAUCAUACCCAAACAUCGCAUGGGAAGAUGAUGAAAAUGGCCAGAAUGUCUUUCACGUAGCCGUGGAAAAUCGCCUCGAGAAUGUGUUCAGCCUAAUCCACGAGAUAAGUGGCCUCAAAGACUUCUCAGCAAAGUACAGAACAACAGGUCAAGAAAAGUACAACAUGCUUCAUUUAGCUGCAAAACUCGCCGCUCCAAACCAUCUCAACAGAGUCUCAGGAGCAGCCCUUCAAAUGCAACGUGAGUUACUUUGGUUCAAAGAAGUAGAAAAGAUCGUGUUACCAUCCCAACGUGAAGCCAAAUGUGAGUUUGAGUCUCUUAAGUUAAUACCAAGUGAGUUAUUCACUAAAGAACAUAAAGAUCUUCGUAAAGAAGGUGAAGAAUGGAUGAAGAACACAGCAAAUUCUUGUAUGCUUGUCUCAACUUUGAUAGCUACUGUUGUUUUUGCUGCUGCUUUCACAGUUCCUGGUGGCAAUGAUGAUAAAGGCACCCCUGUUUUUCAACGUGAGUUUUGGUUCACUAUAUUUGUGAUAUCAGAUGCAUUUGCGUUGGUAUCAUCUUCAACUUCUAUUCUUAUGUUCUUAUCGAUUUUGACAUCACGUUAUGCGGAAGAUGAUUUCUUGCACUCAUUGCCGUCUAAGCUGCUGUUUGGAAUAGCGUCGCUGUUCAUAUCAAUUGUGUGCAUGGUUAUAGCGUUUAGUGCGACAUUCUUUAUGCUCUAUGAUGGGACCAAUGUGUGGAUACCAACCACUGUGACAGCAAUAGCUAUUGUGCCAAUUAGCUGCUUCUUUGCGCUUCAAUUUGGACUGUGGAUGGAUACGUUUUACAACACUUACUUGUCUAGACUUCUGUUCAAACCCCAUCAACGUAAGUUGUUCUCAUCCUCUGCUUCUCUUGCUGUUGAGUUGUUUCGUGAGCUUAAGAAAAGGAGAAGUGAGAGGAAAUACUAUCGGUGGGAACAUUAGUACUAGGAUGUUUCUGUGUUCGUUUCUUUGUUUGAAGUAUGAAUGGUACGUGUUCUAUGGUGUUUGUAUGUGUUGUUGGUUGUGAUUGUUUACUUGUUUGUUUGUUAUGUUGUAACUAUGUUAUGUUAUGGAAUAUCUUGUUGACAUGUUGUGUUGUUGAUAACUGUGCUAUGUUAUGAAAGUGUGGUAUCGUGUUGUAUAUUA